GUGAAAAAAAAAAAUAUUAAAAAUAAGAAGAAAAAACAAAAAAAUAUAUAAACUGGAAAUAAACUCAAUAAAAUAUAUAGAUUUUCUUUUUUAUAAAACAAACAUACAUAAUUUCCUACGAAAUUUUUAGGCUGUGGAGAAUUCUUUUCAAGAAAAAAUUCAAGUCAUAUUUUUUAGUUGUCAACUUUAUAUUCUUUUGGGUAAACAAUAAAAAAUAAACAGUAAUUUUGAUAAGUACACAAAACAAAAAAUUAUAUUCCCAAUUUUUGUUCACAACGUGUGUAGUUUUUUUUUUUUGUGCAUAUUUUUCAAUUAAACUUUGCCCAAAGCCGGUUUCUCCAAAAAGACACAUCGGAUCCUUCUUUGGGAAUCCGACAAAAAUUCCAAGUCCUUUUCGACGACCGACACAAUCCGCAAAAUUAUCCCUUUUAAUGGAUGAUGAGCUUGAGGACAAGGUCUUUUACCAAACAUACGUCUCCCACAUGAAGAUUCUGUCCAAAUUUGCCGUCGGCCUCUCUUCGAUUAAUUCCCCGCUGGCUUACGUGUGGAAACUAUGCCGUUUAUAUGUCCUUCGUCCGGAAGUCAUUUUCUGUGGCAUUAUUCUUUUCAUAUUUCUUGUUUAUUUGCAAGCGGUUGAUGUUUGGGGUCGUGGACUGCUCGGCCGACUGCAGGCGACUUUGGGUCGCCAGAAGGCGAAUCGAAUGAAACUGAUUGAUGGAUCUGGAUCGGCAGAUCAUCAAUGUUGGGAGGAGGUGCAGCAACAGAGUUCGGCGUUUGCUAUACUCGGAAGAAGACCUCGAAUGGAAGAUAGAUUUAUCAUUGAAGAAAAUGUAAACAACGAUACAGGCAUAUCAUUUUUUGCCGUCUUUGAUGGACACGGUGGUGAAUUUGCUGCCGAUUUUGCCAAAGAUAUUUUAGUGAAAAACAUUUAUCACAAAAUCACCGAAACAGCUGCACUCUUAAAAAAUGGUGGAGAUCAACUUGCAGUUAAUAACACUAAUAAUACAAGUGACUAUGAAAAUAGUCCCUACCUCAAAAGGAAGUCCAGUCGAAAAGAUGAAAAUAAUAAAGAAAACGAUACAUCAGCAUCAAUUCGACGAAAAGACAGCCUACGCAAAUCACUAAGUACAACAGAUGACUGCUCAUCGCCAAAACAAAAUAACACACAACGUGAAACAGAUGUUUUUACAUCCAAACUUAAUUCCCUAAUUCGUCCCCUGGGCAAAGACAACCUCUUUAACAUUAGCAACAAUGCAAAAGAUGCUGGUAGCAAACCAGCUCCACCAACCAGUUUCGAUGCAAAAUGUUACAUUGAAAAUGGUAAAAUAAAUUUCGGCAAAAUGAUUACCGACGAAGUGUUGGCGGCUGAUUAUAAACUUGUAGAAGCAGCUAAAAAAUCGACAAAUAUAGCUGGAACAACAGCACUGAUUGCCAUCAUACAGGGCAGCAGACUGAUUGUUGCAAAUGUGGGCGACUCAAGGGGUGUCAUGUGUGAUUCACGAGGUGUGGCGAUACCACUGUCUUUCGAUCACAAACCACAACAGGUUCGCGAAAGAAAACGAAUACACGAUGCUGGUGGAUUUAUCGCAUUCAGAGGUGUAUGGCGUGUUGCUGGCAUUUUGGCCACAUCACGAGCGCUCGGUGAUUAUCCGUUAAAAGACAAAAAUCUAGUCAUAGCAAAUCCAGAUAUAUUAACAUUCGAAUUAAACGAUCAUAAACCGACAUUUUUAAUUCUUGCCUCAGAUGGCCUCUGGGAUACAUUCUCAAAUGAAGAGGCUGUCGCUUACAUCAAAGAGCAUAUCCACGAAGCCGAUUAUGGAGCCAAGAGUCUAGCCAUGCAGUCCUACUAUCGUGGCUCUGUAGAUAAUAUAACAGUCCUAGUUAUUCUAUUUAGAAAUGGCGUUUAUAAAAUCGGCAGCAAUGCAGCGUCACCUGUAAUCUCAUCGCCCACAAAUUCUGCUGGGUCGACGUUAAAUAAAAAUGCACCAAGCUCAAAAUAAUAGCAGAAGAAAUGACUUUUUUCUAAAAAUUUAUUUAUAACAAAAAAGAAAGUAAUUUGAUCUUUUUAAAUUCUAUGUUUUUCUUUGUUUUCUUUUUUUGUUUUAAAUUAUUUAUAUUUGUUACCUAUUUUAAGGACUAAAUUAUUAUUAUUAUUUGAAAACAAGCGAUUUAAACUAGCAAAGCAGCGAGAAACGAAACAAAUAUACAGGCUUAGGAUGCAUAAAAUAAAUGUUUAAGUAAUCAAAAUAAAUUAAAGAAAUGACAAUGGAA